CCAGUGGCCUAAUGGAUAAGGCACUGGCCUCCUAAGCCAGGGAUUGUGGGUUCGAGUCCCAUCUGGGGUGAACAGCUUUUCUUCGACCUACUUUCAAUUUGUCUUUUUGUGAUUUACGUUUUGUUUAACCGCUAAAAUAGGACACAUUAACGAGAUAAUCGGCGAAAGUCAUAACGCCUCGGUGACGAGGAAGCUGCUCCACAGGCAGAGAUUUUCCUAGACCACUUUCAGUUCUGCUCCGUGUUUUUGAAGAGCCUCAGUGCAGAAGUGAAGUGCGUCCUGUCUGUGACAUUAAAACAAUGACAGGCAUGAAAAUAUCUGUUUUCAUUUUCGCCUGUGUAACAUUAUGUGGAGCCGUGGUGAGAGCUGAAGGGGUACUGAAGGCCACUGUCUACUGGAACGCAACACAAAAGUCCGUGUCACUGAAAGAGGGUGUGCUGGAUAAAGCGGGCGAUGCUUACGGUUACUAUAAUGACUCAUUCUCCUCCACGGGAUGGGGAGUGCUGGAGAUCCGUGCGGGUUAUGGAGAGACUCCAGAGCCAGAUGCCAUCACGUACUUCCUGGCUGGGUAUUUGGAGGGGUUCCUUACUGCCCGGCAGAUGUAUGACCACUUCACCAACAUAUAUCCACAGAUUAUAACGGAGCAAAAAGUUCUGUUGGCAGUGAAGAAGUUCAUGAAGAAACAGGAUGCGUGGGCUCGGCAGCAGGUGAAGCUGAAGAGCAGUGAUCCUUUCUGGAGCCACACCGGCUUCAUCUUGGCUCAGACGGACGGGCUGCAGGCUGGUGUGGCAGACUGGGCUAAACGCAUGGGGAGGAAGCCCCUGUCUCUGUUUGAGGUGCAGUUUCUGAAUGCUGUGGGAGAUCUGCUGGACCUGAUCCCUGCACUGGUACCUGGAGCUAAAGUGAAUCUGAAACACUAUAAAGAGCCACCCAUGGGUCACUGCUCCGCUCUCAUUAAGAUGUUGCCAGGUUAUGAGAAUGUGCUGUUUGCUCACUCUAGCUGGUACACCUACGCCGCCACUCUGCGCAUCUUCAAACACUGGGACUUCAAACUGAGUGAACCUCACACAGCCACAGGGAAACUCUCCUUCAGCAGUUAUCCUGGUUUUCUGGUGUCUCUGGAUGAUUUCUAUCUGCUGGGCAGUGGUUUAAUGAUGACCCAGACCACUAACAACAUCUUCAACGCCUCUCUGUACAGCUAUGUCACCCCUGCCAGCCUGUUUGCCUGGCAGAGGGUCCGACUGGCCCAUGCGCUCGCCCACAAUGGCCUGGAGUGGGCUAAGGUCUUUGGCAGGUACAACUCUGGCUCAUAUAAUAACCAGUACAUGGUGCUGGACACAAGUAAAGUUUCUCUGGGCUCCAGUAUUGAUGAUGGCGCUUUAAUUAUAGUGGAGCAAAUCCCUGGCCUAGUGGAGUAUUCGGACCAGACACAGGCACUGCGCAGAGGUUACUGGCCCUCCUACAAUGUGCCAUUCCAUCAGAGGAUCUACUCUCUGAGUGGCUAUAAACAGAUGUGGAAGAAAUAUGGAAAUGAAUUCUCCUAUGACCUUUGUCCCAGAGCCAAGAUCUUCCGCAGGGAUCAGGGGAGCGUGACUGACUUGGCCUCUCUCAAACACAUCAUGAGAUACAAUGAUUAUGAGAAUGACCCAUAUUCAGAGGGUGACCCCUGCAAAUCCAUCUGCUGCCGUAACGACCUGCGUAAAGAGCAUGCGUCUCCUGACGGUUGCUAUGACACCAAGGUGACAGAUUUCCUGAAGGGGCAGAAGUUUGUAUCUGAGGCUCUGAAUGGUCCGACCACAGAAGGUGGUCUGCCUCCAUUCUCAUGGGAUCGGUUUAACAGUACAGCUCACCAGGGUCUGCCACGUGUCUACAAUUACACCUUCAUCACCAUGCAGCCUGUGCUCUUCACUCCAUGAGCUGCCUCUGGGGGGGGGCAGUUUUCCUCUGGGAGAUUUUAGGUACCACCUGUUUGUUAAAUCAGUAACACUUCUCCAAACACUCUGAGGUCUUGCUUCAAAACUUAAGAAUUACCUUUGUGCACAGCGAAGUUCAGAACUGCUGGGUGAAGUCACUUUCAGGACACAGUGUUUUUUAAUAACUGGACAUUUUUGUGGAACAUUUUAAGUAUGAUCUGAUGUAACUAGCUAGAUGCCUUCUUUGCUUUAUGUUGUUCAGUGCCUUUUGUUUUCGAGUUCUUGAGUCUUCUGUUAAGGUACAGCCAGGGUGGUGUCUUUGAAUGUCGGUAUUCAAAGGUUUUGUUUGUUUUUGUUUUGACAGUGUAUGUAUUUUGUGAUUUACAAUGCUGCAACAAUCAAAAAGCAUCUCUUGCUCUCAGGGCUGUAGUUUAAACCAAAGUUAAUCAGUAUUUUAUACAAUGUGCACGCAAUCAAAUGGGAUAUGCUGCAUUUUUGUAUGUUUUUUUCAUAUACAAUCAAUAAAGCCAAACUAUUCUCAACA